AUGUCGUCCUAUCGAAAUAGCCCUCGGCGACAAUCUCAUGCCAUCGAUCUGUCCGCGGCCUCCUCCAGCAUCAAUCGCAACAACUCGACAACCUCGUCGGCCUCUUCUGGCUACUCAUACUCCUCUGAAAACAGUGCUCACAGCCAGUCUACAUCUGCAAGUAGCAUUUACGGAUCUCAUACUGGCCAUAAGCGCGGCCAGAGCGAUGUCAUAGCCCGAGCACGAUUCUUCGAGACGGGGGAGGUGAGCGGCUCCAGUUCGAGCAAAGGUCAAGACAACCCCUAUGGCUCAAUCCGACAAUCGCUUCGCCCUCUGCCGCAGGCUCCAGCUGCUUCUCCCACCAAAGGCCCAGCGACACCACCUCAUCUUUCUAAGCCGCGCGAGAGAGGCCAGAGCAUAGAUAUUGGCCGGUUAUCGCUGUCACAACCCGAUGGAUUCACCUCGUCCACAGUGACUCCGACUCCCUCACGGCCUUUGCCGCCACGACCGACAUCGAUGUUCAUGCCUCGGGCCGAGCCUGCUAUUCCAGAAGACGAGGUUGUGUCGCCGACGCAGCCCACAGUUCCGACUCACAGCGCUCACAUAGCUAGGCCCGAUCUUGAGCGGCUGGGCCGAUCUUCAACAAGCCAGCUUCGAACGCUUUCUCAACUUGCCAAAUCCAAAGACGCAGAGGACUUUAGCAUCACUUCGCCUGCGCAGGAAGUAGCUGGUCUUCGCGGAAGGCGGAGGCUACAGCGCGCCGACAAGGCUGCUGGUGGCCGCGGCUCCAAGACAAACUAUGGGUGGGAAGGCCGUAACUGGAUGGACAAGCAACGCCAGUUCCUUGCGGCAUAUGAAUACCUCUGCCACAUAGGUGAAGCCAAAGAGUGGAUCGAGGAUGUCAUCCAACAGACUCUUCCGCCCAUUGUUGAGCUGGAAGAGGCAUUGCGAGAUGGCGUUACGCUGGCAGAAGUGGUGGAGUCUCUCAACCCCGACAGGCGAUUUCGAAUAUUUAGAAACCCAAAGCUGCAAUUUCGACAUUCCGACAAUAUUGCCAUCUUCUUCCGUUAUCUGGACGAGGUGGAGCUGCCUGACCUUUUCCGUUUUGAGCUUAUAGACCUCUACGAAAAGAAAAACAUCCCCAAAGUCAUUUACUGUAUUCACGCCCUGAGUUGGCUUCUCUUUCGAAAAGGAAUUGUUGAUUUCCGUAUCGGUAACCUUAUCGGGCAACUGGAGUUCGAACAUCAUGAACUGGAGGCGAUGCAGAAGGGAUUGGACAUGCUUGGGACUAAUAUGCCCAGCUUCGGCAAUAUGGGGGCUGAUUUUGGAAUCCCCGAACCAGAACCAGAGGAGACAGAAGAGGAGAGGAUCGACCGCGAACUGGCAGAAAACGAAGAUGUAAUAAUCGACUUCCAGGCUCAGCUUCGCGGUGCAUUGCUCCGGUUGAAACUUGGCGAAAUGAUGCAAGGAUUUUGGGACGAAGAGGAGUGGCUGAUUGACUUACAAGCAAGAAUUCGUGGCGGCUUCACCCGUGAAAUCAUGAAUUACCGACUACAAAUGAGGCAAUCCGCUAUCCUCGUCCAGAGCCUGGUCCGCGGAUUCCUUGUUCGAAGGAAGCUUAAGAAGAGUGACCAAGAUAGGAAAGCCGCAGAACCUGCUAUCUUAGCCUUCCAGAGCAUGCUUCGAGCACAGAAAGUUCGUCACGAGAUGCAGGGCCUCAAGUCUACCAUGGCCAAGUGCGAUGCUCCUAUUAGGGCCAUUCAAGCUAUGUCCAAGGGCUUUCUGCUGCGCAAAUCUCAGAAUAUGCAGCAGCAAGAGACGGCAAAGGCUACGACGGAAGUGCAAAAUCUCCAGGCGCUCGCUCGAGGCAUGCUGAAGCGUCACCAGAUCAGUAAAGACGUACGCCAGCUAGAGAAACACACACGAGGGGUUGCCAGCCUCCAAGCUGCCGUUCGGGCAACAUUAGUACGAGCAAGAAUCGAGAGGCAGCAACAGGAGCUUGAGUCGUUUACCGAUGUAUUUACAUCGCUACAAGCCGCCGCUCGAGCGGCAUUCGUUCGGGCCAGAGUUGAACAGCAACAGCAGGAUCUUCACGCUUUGAGUGAUGUAUGGACGUCGCUACAAAGCGCGAUUCGUGGCCGCGCUGCCCGAGAUCAGCAAGAGGUUCUUAAGGCUGAACUGGCGGAGCAUGUGCCCAUGAUUGGUGAGCUCCAAGCGGCGAUGCGCGCGGCCGCUGUGAGGCGAGACAUUACGACUCGUCUCGACGGCUUGAAGGAAAAUGAAGCUGAGAUUAUCGAACUCCAAGCGCUUAUAAGAGCCAUGUUUGAGAGGCGUAGAAUCCUUGCCAUUCAGCAGCACCUCGAACAGGAGGAACCGGCAAUUACAACACUUCAAUCGCACAUCCGAGGUUGUCUGUACCGAGGGUACCACGCUGAUGUGUUGGAUGAACUGGCAUCUCACGAUGCAGAGACAGCCGAAUUCCAAGCUAUCCUCAAGGCCAUGAUGGAGCGUGCAAGAAUAGACGACCUGCUUACUGAGCUCCUCGAAGAAGAGGACUCCAUUGUCAUAUGCCAAGCAGCUGCCAAAGCUUUCCUGAUUAGAGCCCGGUUCGAGGAGAAGAUGCGGUACUAUGAGGAAAAUAUGAAAAAGGUCAUCAAGAUUCAGAGUUUUAUGCGUGCCAAGGUGCAAGGCGAGGCGUACAAGAGCCUCACCACGGGCAAAAACCCACCGGUCAGCGCCGUCAAGAACUUUGUGCAUUUGCUGAACGAUAGUGAUUUUGACUUCAACGAAGAAGUCGAGUUUGAGCGGAUGCGAAAAACUGUAGUCCAGUCUGUGCGACAGAACGAGAUGUUGGAACAGUACAUUGAUCAACUGGAUAUCAAGAUUGCUCUGCUGGUCAAAAACAAGAUCACGCUUGAUGAAGUCGUGCGCCACCAGCACACCUUUGGUGGCCACUCCAUGGGUCUGUUAGCCAACUCUACGAUUGCAUCGGCAAAUCAAUUUGACCUUAAAGCUCUCAAUAAAAGCUCCAGAAAGAAGCUGGACUCGUACCAGCAACUGUUCUUCAGCCUACAGACGCAGCCCCAGUACCUUGCCCGACUAUUCAAACAUAUCCGUGUGCAAGGGACGGCCGAAAAGGAAACCAGACGCAUUGAGCUUCUUAUGAUGAGUCUCUUUGGUUAUGCUCAGAAACGACGAGAAGAAUACUACCUUUUGAAGCUGAUAGCUCGAGCAAUAAGAGAGGAGGUUGAAAGUGCAUCAAGUGCUAUGGAGUACUCUCGGGGUCACUAUUUCUGGACCAAGCUGCUCACCAACUAUACACGGUCUCCGCGGGAUCGCAAGUACCUCCGAUCUCUCCUGGGCCCCUUGAUCCGCGACAAUAUUAUCGAUGACCCGGCCCUUGAUCUGGAAAGUGACCCGAUGCAAAUAUACAGAUCGGCAAUCAACAACGAGGAGCUUCGAACCGGACGGCCAGAUCAUCGACCACUAGAUGUGCCACGUGAAGUUGCUAUCCGCGAUCCCGAGACACGCCGUCUCUUCAUUGAUCACUUGCGAGAUUUGCGAGAGAUUUGUGACCAACUGUUCCUGGCCUUGGAAGAACAAGUGCAUAAGAUGCCUUAUGGCCUCCGUUUCGUCUGUAGCGAGAUGUUCCAAGCAUUGUGCCAGCACUUCACCAAUGAGCCGCAAGAGAAUCUUUUACAAAUGGUGUCUCAUUGGUUGUGGAAAUUUUACCUCCAACCCGCCGUCACCUCACCUGAAAACUUUGGCGUUAUUGACAAGUCGCUCAGCCCUCUUCAGAAGCGGAAUCUAGGCGAAGUGGCCAAAGUGGUAGGGCAAAUUGCACUUGGUCGGCCAUUUGGUGGCGAGAAUAUCUACCUGCAGCCCCUGAAUGCUUUCAUUGGUGAAUCCAUCGAACGGCUGCAUCAGAUUGCCAGCGAUCUCAUCACAGUGCCUGACCCAGAGAGGACAUUUGAUAUUGACGAGUUCAACGACUUGUACGCGAAAAACAAGCCUACCUUGUACGUCAAGAUGUCGGACGUCUUUGCCAUUCAUAAUCUUGUAGCUGCGGAGCUCUUGGUCAUGUCUCCCACUCGGGAUGACGUCCUGCGCGAAAUCAUGCAAGAUCUGGGUAGCGCCAAGAGCAACGAAAAUGAAAUGAGUGCGGCAGGAUCAGCAGAUAUCCAAAUGUUCCUGACCCCCAGGGUCCACGACCUUGAAGAUCCCGAGGCAGACAUCAAAGCUUUGUUUAUGGAAACGAAGCGAUGUGUUUUGUACAUUAUUCGAGUGCAAACCGGUGCCAACUUAUUGGAAAUCCUUGUGAAGCCAAUCACUCCUGAAGAUGAGGACAAGUGGGAGGCGCUGCUCCGAGAAGAGUUUCCUCAAAACAGCACCUCACGCGGUGCUUAUUCAGACGCUAAGAUGGCUGAUAUCACCACCAUGUCCUACUACGACCUAAAGCGAACGGCAUUGGAGAACAUAAUGCAUUUGGAGCAGAUGGGAAGGAUCUCAAAGCAGAACCAGUACCAAGACGUACUUAACGCCAUUGCUAGUGAUAUCCGAACCCAAAGCCGUAGACGAGUUCAGAGACAACGAGAACUAGAUGGCGUGCGUCUAACCCUUGGUAACUUGAACGACAAGGCGAAGUAUUUAGAACAGCAGCGUAAAAGCUACGACGACUAUAUUGAGCAAGCCAUGAAGACACUUCAGAACAAGAAAGGACGAAAGCGAUUCCUUAUGCCCUUUACGAAGCAGUACAAUCACCAGCGAGAGCUCGAACGCAGUGGCCGGGUGCCAAAAUUCGGAAGCUACAAGUAUAGUGCACGCGCCUUGUCAGAAAAAGGUGUUUUAGUCGCGUGGACUGGAACCGCGGACCGAGAAUGGGACAAGAUCGACGUGACCAUUUCAUGCGAUCAGGUUGGCGUAUUUUCGAUUGAAGGCACGCGAAGCCAUAUCCAGAUUCCCGGAGCAAUUGCGCAGGUGCCGAUUGAAGACAUGCUCCAAGCACAGUUUGAGGCGCACCAAUUCAUGACACUGUUUGAGGGCACUCUCAAACUCAACGUGAACUUACUGCUGCAUCUCAUCUACAGGAAAUUCUAUCGGACACAGUGA